AUGGCAAUGUAUGGCUAUGGUUGUGAGUGGAGAGACCUUGUUCGAUUGGACCUUGUUCGACUGGACCUUGUUCGACUAAACCUUGUUCGAGUGGACCUUGUUCGAUUGGUCCUUGUUCGACUGGACCUUGUUCGAUUGGACCUUGUUCGACUGGACCUUGUUCGACUAAACCUUGUUCGAGUGGACCUUGUUCGACUGGACCUUGUUCGACUAGACCUUGUUCGACUAAACCUUGUUCGAGUGGACCUUGUUCGAGUGGACCUUGUUCGAACAUCAGAGGGUAUUACUGUUCACAAGAAGCUGGCUUUACCUCACAACUGGCAACGUAACGGAGAUGUUGAUGAUGAAGCAGAACGUUACUGGCGUCACCGAUGUUGUCACUUCACCAGCACCUUCAGUGUGACACCAUCCCGACUCGGUGACGUCACAGUCAGCUUUACUUGUGACGUCAAAAGCUGGGAUCUGAACUGUGAUGGUGUGAACAGCCUGGCCCCAGUCGUCCCUGUGAACCCAACUGACUUCUACUGUACAAGUCACACAGACUCAAGUCUCGACCUUCAGUGGGUACACCCAGGAAACACACUAUACAGCCUUGUGUUUGUUCUCGACUAUCGCCUCGUGGACGACAAGGAUGACGUUGAUGACAGAAACAUCAUGAUACCGGCUGACAAAUCUGAAACAAUACAUACCACUACACUCAAAGAGCUUCAGCCAGGCAGUCUGUACUACUUCCGGUUGGUUGUUGAUGGGGGGUCUCUGGGCCAAAGCGAGGCUGUCACUACCACGUGCUUCACGAGAUGUUCAGAAGUAUCAGAAUCGUCGGGUACGUCAGUGGGUGCUGGAGUUGCCAUCGGCAUUGCAAUCACGCUUGCUGCUGCUCUGGCUGUGUGCCUGGGUGUUGCCUAUGUCUUCAGAAGGAAAGUAUCAGCCAUUUGUUCAGGAAAGACAGUGUUGAUAAAGACAGGACAAACAAUGGCGGUUCUCAGCCAACUUUUGGCAUCUCAAAGAAAGGACUAGUUCUGUCAACAACCAAACUGAAGGUAUAUUUUCUGUGAUGUGUUCCAGCACAGUUGGGGCGAUGGGGGUGGCGUAGUGGUUUUAAGUGUUCGCUCGUCACGCCGAAGACCGGAGUUCGAUUCCCUACAUGGGUA